AUGCCGCAUCGAGACUCACCUCCACCGUUUCCGGAUACUGCUCAGCAGUACGGCGACUUUCGCRAUGACUUGUUUCGUGAUGGUAUCGCCGUCGUGAAAGGCGCCAUGCCGGAGGAGCGAUGUGCCCAUUAUAUUGAAGAAAUGACCAGAUGGCUUGAGCGCUUUCCCCUAGGUUUCGACCGCAACGACCCGACAACUUGGACAGAGGAGCAUCUGCCAGCACACAUGAAGGGAGGCAUGUACCAUGGAUAUGGCGUGCCCCAUGAGAAAUUCGUAUGGGAUGCUAGGCUUGAGCCAGGUGUCAUCGGUGCAUUUGAGAAGCUCUGGAACACCAAAGAGCUCCUGGUGUCGUUUGAUGGCAUAAACCACACACUCCCACUGCCAGAGGGCAAGCGGACGGCUUCUACGCCAUGGCCACAUGUUGACCAGAAUCCGCACCAUCAAGGGUUCCACUGCGCUCAAGGCAUCAUCAACUUCGCUCCAAACGGACCAGAUGAUGGUGGACUUGUAGUACUUAAGCGCUCCCAAGAUUUGAACGAUCUCUUCUUUAAGACCCACAGCAAAGAAAAAAAGGCGAAAUGGGGCGCGGUCCCAGGAGAUUGGCAUGGAUUCGAACCAGAAGAGGUGGAGUGGUUCAAACAGCGCGGUGCUGAAGAGAUCAAAGUGUGUGUCGAGCCUGGAGAUCUGAUUCUUUGGGACAGCCGGACUGUUCAUUGGAACGUGCUCCCGCAGUCGAAUCAGACCAGGAGCAUAGUUUCAUGGGCGACACCAGAGGACCUGCAAAAGAAAAGUGACAUAUUCCACCAAAGGCAUCGUACAACGCAUAUGCCCCACCGCAACUUCUGGCGAAAUGAGAAAAUCCUGCGAUUUGGAAAGGAGGAUCCAUACCAUCGUGAUCUACCCUUCGAGGAGCCCGUCGAAACGGAGCAGCUACUCAAGCUCGCUGGCGCAAUGGCGUACUAG